AUGUCACGAAAUAUUCAUCAACAUCAGCAAUACGAACGUAAUUCAACAACACGAUUACCUUCACCUAUUCGAAAAACAGUAUCUAAAUAUGUUCAUUGUGGUUUAUCGCAAUCUCAAAUAAAAUUAUCAUUAAUACAAGAUCAUCCACACUCACCAAUACAUGAAACGAAAUUGAUCAAUUUAAUUAAUUAUGAACGUCGUAAAAAUCGUCGAGAAAUUUUUUCUGCAUCACAAAAGCACAAAAAAAUUAUUUUUCCUCAAAGUCGUCGUCUUAUGUGCUGGAGUCAUAUGAUCAGAAAAUGUCGAUUACAUCGUAAUCUUGUACCAAAAGAUCUAUGGCCCAGCAUGGAUCAAGAUAUCCAUUCUCUUCAGUUAAGUUUCUCAGAUGACAUAUUUAAUAAUGGUGUUAAAUUAUUUUUACAAAAAUGGAAUGCUAUUCCCUCAAUGAAAAAUUUUAUGGAAUACUUCGUAGAGCAAUGGAUCACAAAGUUACCUUAUUGGUAUGAAGGAGCCGUGUUUGGAAAACCGGCAACUAAUAAUGGAUGUGAAUCCAUGAAUGCUAUUAUUAAGCAAAAAUAUACACUUCGAAACAAACUGCAUCUUUCUGCCUUUUUACCAAAAGUUGAACAGAUGCUCAAGAAUUGGUCUGAUAAAGCUGAUUCAUCACCAUUUUCUAAUAAUACUACUAUAUCUUCUGAUACAGAAUUACAGGCAUAUCAAUGGUCAUUAACUGUAAAUCAAAGCGAUAUCUUACAUUGA